CUACUGUUCAUUUUGGAAACCAGUCAAUAGUGCAUUUAGGAUUCAAGUCGACUCAAAAAAACAAUGGCAUGGAACAAUAGACAACUUUAUACAAAAACUGAAAGAACCCAAAAAACCGGGCAACCAACAAUGCUUCACCCCACAUCGCCAUAGAGCCAAUAGACAACUAACGUUAGCCUUUGGCCAACACUAUGAACUAAUCUGGGACCUAUACCUCAACUGCCCACCACAAACAGAGACCACCGCCAACCUUAUCAUAUCUUCGAUCAAACAAACACCAUUCAGUAUCCCAACCUGCACCAUUGAAUCACCAACUACAAAUACGCAACUGAACAUCCAAAAUAACUACUGGCCUAGUAUAGCAAAUGUGGCAUAUACGGCACUACUUGUACUUAUUACAAUUGUACCGAAUAACACCCAAAUAAAAAUCUCAACAAACUCAUCAACCAAAGCCAACCAACAAUUACAAAAGCUUCAAGUUGAACUAGAUACAAACCAAUUAAACACGAUAUAUUAUCAACCGAUUUACUACAACAUACCAACCUUCACCAACGCCAAAGAACUAAUCAAACAAACGAAUAUUGUGAUUAAUACUAACAAAUUCAUAUUACAAAAUAGAGUUCAAAAUUGGAAUGCUCACCAUAAUAUCGAUUGGAACCUAACAUUCGACUACCUAGAGAUGAAAGAUAAACCUACAAGCCGAAGUACUGACCCCAAGUUGUCAAAAAUAAAGAACUUCAAAAUCAAACUACUCAUGCAAGAACUCCCUAACUACCAUAACUUAUACACUCGUCACCCUUCGAAAUACCUAUCGCCGGAAUGCCGAAGAUGCGGUCACUCAGUGGAGGAUGACCCCCACUGGCUAACGUGUGAAAAAAAUGAGAAAAAAAUCGAAGAUUUAAUAGCUAAUUUACUGAACAAAUUUACUAACAAAUUCAAUUUGACAACUAGAAACCAAAGUGACUACAUAAAUAAAUUUACACUCAGCUACAUAAGCAAGAAGUUACCGGUAGGAGCUAUCCAUGCGGAAGGACUACCACCGUUCUCAACAACAUCCAACGCUAGACUCUUCGCACCUCAAUUUUACCACGAACUCACUGAAGACAUACAUAGAUUAAUAUGGCUCCCAAGCAGAAUCCAAAGCCAGACAAAUACAAAUAUUACUCCUAAAACUAACAAUCCUAUAACACAGAAUCCAAUUAUCCCUAGUGUAGAGGUCGUAUUCAAAGUAUUAAUAUAUUUCUUUGAAAAUUAUCGAUUAGAUUUUCUUUACUCUGUGUCUCAAAUGUCUAAUUUAAUUAUUAUUAGAGUAAACGCAAUUACCGAACCAUCAUUAUCAUGUGAUAUCGGAGGAGAAAUUUCUCCAACAUUUUUAACAAUGAAUUUAUUUUCUAUUGUUAUCUUUGCUUUUGAUACUAUUUGGAAAAAUUUUUUGAGAAUUGACUCUCAAAGAUUCCGGAUUAUAUUAUGGAGUACUAUAUUUGCGGUUUCUUGGAUUGCAUCUACUUUUGGAUUGAAUAGAUAUGCCCCUUUAGAAUUAUGGUGCGCUAGAAGAUUAUACACACCACUCACCGAUUACAUGAAUUUGAGCCUUAUAAUGACAUGUAUUAUAAGUGCGAUUUCAUUAUAUUUUCAACUGAAUUCUACAAAAUCGCACGAUCUUGCUAGUUCUUACUCGAUAACCUUUAUUUCCGGUUUAAUUUUGGUUUACAUCUUUCAAUGGCUAUGCUUCCUUUUUAGCAAUAUUUUAUUAACUCUCAAUUUGGAGAAUAGCUCUGCUACAUUUCAAACCUUUUUCUCUGUCGUUUUGUUCAUAGGUGCACAUUGUGGAGCAAUAUUUAACUCUAUAUUACUUUCGAUAAAGAAAUUUUGUGAUAGAGAUCUUGAUGAUGAUGAAACCAAUAACAUAGAAAAAGAUACCAACUAUACCGCUUCCAAUAUAAAUAAUGAAAAUGAAAAGGUUAAUGAUACAAAUUCCACUAAAUUGGUUCUUACUUCAGCGAAAUCAUAUGGAACCAUGUAUAAUUAA